CGCAAAUAGAGAGUGAAUAUAGCUUUACCUCUGGUCAAAAUAACAAGUACACUGCUUUCACCUAACACACGACAGAAGUCAACCACAGCGGAAAGUAUAGACUUAAGCUGUAAUUGCAGGCACAUUUGGAGACGGCUGUUACAGACAAACUUGUUCCUGUUAUUACCAACUAAGAGAUAACCUUGACCUGGCACACGGCAAAGAGAUGCAGUUCUUGUUUCAUUUCGCAUUGGUGUUGUCAGUUGUUCUGACCUCAGCUCUGAAAACCCUGGACUCAGACCAAGAGCUGCAGGACAGCGGGUUUGGUCAACCACCGCCUCGCCAUGGCCUCAAGUUGCUGGUGUGGUACGUUCAGAACUGCCUGGACAACAACAUGGUGGCUCUGUGUGAUCCCACCCGAGGAGAGUAUGGAUUUCAUGUGUUUCAGAACCGAGGGCCCAGGCAUCUGCUUCCAGUGAUAAAGGACAAAAAACAAUACAAGUACUACACCAUCGGAAACCUCCACGCUCCUCAUGCCGAGGACCUGCCGUAUGAAGUCAGGAAAUACUACAACCGCAGCGACCCUGAAAGUAACCAGGACAGAGUUUUGGUGAUAUACAACAACAACAAUAAACACAUUGAUGAGAUCUAUGCAUCUGCACAUUAUAAGGCAAAAGAGACGUACAAAAUUGGCCCCAAUCUUCUUGCCUCUCUUCGACAGCCAAUAGGCCUCAUUAGCAUAGAAAUGUAAUGUACCUCUGAUGCAAUAGCUCUCUGACAUCUUUAAUAGCUCUGUGACUCUUUAUAAAUCCUGAUGGAAUUUCAAACAUGUUUUAAACAGUCUUGAUGGACAUAUUUGGCUGCUGCUUUUCUUUGUAGUCAGAAUGGGGGG